GCGCCUCGGGCUUGUGUGGAGAUGGCGGCGACGGUUUCCCCACUCCCCCGCCCCCCCGCCCCGGACGCCGAUGGCGGUGCGUUCCGGCCCUCCCCCACCAGCUUCUCCCCUUCGGUAGCCGGAGCCGGUUUGCCUGCAAUGAGAUUUCAUUCUCUACAUUUAAAGGACAUCCUUUCUGAGCUGCUGUGAAUAAAUUUGGAAUGAUACUGUAUAUUUUCAUCUAAUGGAGAAUUAGCUGUACCUUGCAUAAGGAUUGCUACACUGGACGACUUCAGAAUAUUACUCACAAUGUCAUCAAACAGGAGUCAGAAUCCCCAUGGACUGAAGCAGAUUGGCCUUGACCAGAUAUGGGACGACCUCAGAGCUGGAAUCCAGCAAGUAUAUACCAGACAAAGUAUGGCAAAAUCCAGAUACAUGGAACUCUACACUCAUGUUUAUAACUACUGCACAAGUGUUCACCAGUCAAACCAAGCCCGAGGGGCUGGCGUCCCUCCUUCCAAAUCGAAAAAGGGACAGACGCCUGGGGGAGCUCAGUUUGUUGGCUUGGAAUUAUACAAACGGCUUAAAGAAUUUUUGAAGAAUUACUUGACAAAUCUUCUUAAGGACGGAGAAGAUUUGAUGGAUGAGAGUGUACUGAAGUUCUACACUCAACAAUGGGAGGAUUAUCGAUUUUCCAGCAAAGUGCUGAAUGGAAUUUGUGCCUACCUCAACAGACAUUGGGUUCGCCGUGAGUGUGACGAGGGACGAAAAGGAAUCUAUGAGAUCUAUUCUCUUGCAUUGGUGACUUGGAGAGAUUGUCUGUUCAGGCCACUGAAUAAACAGGUAACGAAUGCUGUUUUAAAACUAAUUGAAAAGGAAAGAAACGGUGAAACCAUCAAUACAAGACUGAUAAGUGGAGUUGUACAGUCUUAUGUGGAGUUGGGGCUGAAUGAAGAUGAUGCAUUUGCCAAGGGCCCUACGCUGACCGUGUAUAAAGAGUCCUUUGAAUCUCAGUUUUUGGCUGACACGGAGAGAUUCUAUACCAGGGAGAGCACUGAAUUCUUGCAGCAGAACCCAGUUACUGAGUAUAUGAAAAAGGCAGAGGCUCGUCUGCUCGAGGAACAGCGGAGAGUCCAGGUCUACCUUCAUGAAAGCACACAGGAUGAACUGGCCAGGAAGUGUGAGCAAGUGCUCAUUGAAAAACACUUGGAAAUUUUCCACACAGAAUUCCAGAAUUUGUUGGAUGCUGACAAAAAUGAAGAUUUGGGUCGCAUGUAUAAUCUUGUGUCUAGAAUCCAGGAUGGCCUAGGAGAAUUGAAAAAACUUCUAGAGACACACAUUCAUAAUCAGGGUCUUGCAGCAAUUGAAAAGUGUGGAGAAGCUGCUUUAAAUGACCCCAAAAUGUACGUACAGACGGUGUUGGAUGUUCAUAAGAAAUACAACGCCCUGGUGAUGUCGGCGUUCAACAACGACGCUGGUUUCGUGGCCGCGCUCGACAAGGCCUGUGGGCGCUUCAUCAACAAUAACGCGGUUACCAAAAUGGCCCAGUCGUCCAGUAAAUCCCCCGAGUUGCUGGCUCGAUACUGCGACUCCUUGUUGAAGAAAAGGUAUUAGUGACUGUGUGUGUGUUUUCCUUAGUAAACCUAUUUAAAGUCUCAGCUUAUCUAUGAGGAAUUCAGCUUUGUUACAUUUGACAUAAAGUUGUAAUCUUUGUACCUUCUGAGAAAAUAUUUUACACCUAAUACAUCUUUGUCUCCUGAAAAGGUGCCUCCUGUUAUGUAUUCUAGGUCCAGUUUGUUGUUUGUUUUUUUUAAUGUUACUGUUGGAUUUGAGAAUUGCAGGCAGUGUGACCUCUUUCGCUAAAUAAAGUUCCACGGGUUGGUCAGGUGGUGCUUA